AUGGGUUUGACAAUUCACGCGAUGAGUGGAAACAAAAAUGUUUUCAAAGCAUUAAUUGCUGCAGAGUACAGUGAUGUCAAAGUAGAGUUGACAAAGGAUUUUCAGAUGAGAGUUACCAACAAGACUCCCAAGUUCCUGAAAAUGAAUCCCCUUUGGAAGAGGGGCCUGUGUUCGAGAGUAAUACUGCUGGUUAUGGGCCAAAUUAAACAAUGGAUUGAUUUUACUACCACUGAGAUUGAUGCUAACAUAGGUCGAUGGCUAUAUCCCCGGCUUGGUUAUCAAGUUUACCUUCCUCCGGCUGAGGAAGCUGCAAUCUUUGCUUUGAAAAGGGCACUUGGGGCUUUGAAUACCCAUCUCGCACUUUCUUGGUUGGAGACACUGUCACAUUGGCUGAUGUUAUCAUGA